AUGACUAGUUUCGACAAUCCAGGACUAUUUUAUCAGGAACGCUUUUUUGCUGCAGAGGAAGAUGUUUAUGAUGAAGGGCGUCAAUUAAUUGCUGAACAUAAAGAAACUGUUGAAUUGUUUCGAAAUUUCAUCCGUGAAUACAAUGUUGGUGGAUUUGGUCUUGUUUAUAGGGAUCAGCUAAAACGAAAUUGCAGUCUUGGAAACCACCUUUUAGAAAUAUCAAUAGAUGAUUUGAAAGGUUUUAACGAAGCAUUAUCUAUGAAGCUAUAUCAGUUUCCUACACGACUUCUUAAUUCUCUUGAAGAAGCGGCAAAACUUGUAGCAGAUGAGGUGAUGCAAGGUGUGGAAGAUGCACCUGAGAUUCAUGAUAUUCAAGUGACGCUUCGUUCUGAAAAGCUACCCUCUAGUAUUCGACAACUAAAAAGUACUCAAGUUUCUCAGCUAGUGAAAUUAUCUGGUAUCAUUGUUGCUGCAUCUCAAGUGAAAGCAAAAGCUGUUCGUAUUUCGAUUCAGUGCCGAACUUGUCGUCACAUUGUUAAUAAUCUUGGUUUAAAACCGGGAUUGGAUGGUUUCACAUUACCACGCACUUGUGGGGCCAAUCAAACAGCUCAGUUGCAACGGUGCCCUGUUGAUCCAUAUCAUAUCAUGCCUGAUAAAUGUCAGUGUACCGAUUACCAAACUCUGAAACUUCAGGAGAACCCAGAAGACGUACCACAUGGAGAAAUGCCUCGUCAUAUGCAACUGUACUGUGACCGCCUUUUGACGGAUCGUGUUACACCAGGAAAUCGUGUAACGGUGGUCGGUGUAUAUUCUAUUAAACGAAUGGCACAAAAGCAGGUAAAAGUUAUCAAAGGUAUUCGUGUUUUGGAAUGCUUCCUUUCUAUUUUUAGCACUGAAUUUGAUCUUCAGAAAUCAAUGGAUAGGACAUUGUCAGGUAUUCGAGCACCAUAUAUUCGGGUCCUCGGAAUUCAUGUAGAAACAAGUGGGCCAGGGCGAGUAGAACAGCGACAGUUCACCUCUGAGGAAGAAAAAACAUUCAAGGAUCUAGCAGCGAAGUCAGAUUUAUAUGAUAUAAUCACUCGUAGCAUUGCUCCAUCAAUUUAUGGCGCAGAAGACAUUAAAAAAUCUAUUGCUUGCCUGCUCUUUGGUGGAUCUAGAAAAAGAUUACCUGAUGGAUUAACCCGUCGUGGUGACAUCAAUAUUCUAUUACUAGGAGAUCCCGGAACUGCAAAAAGUCAGCUUCUGAAAUUUGUAGAAAAGGUUGCACCAAUUGCUGUGUAUACGUCAGGCAAAGGUAGCAGUGCUGCCGGUUUGACAGCAUCUGUAAAUCGCGACCCUCAAUCGCGGUCGUUUAUAAUGGAAGGAGGAGCGAUGGUACUUGCCGAUGGUGGGAUUGUUUGUAUCGAUGAAUUUGACAAAAUGCGAGAAGAUGAUCGAGUGGCAAUCCAUGAAGCAAUGGAACAGCAAACAAUCAGCAUUGCUAAGGCGGGGAUUACAACAACACUUAACGCACGCUGUUCCGUUCUGGCAGCCGCUAACUCAGUAUACGGUCGAUGGGAUGAUUCGAAGGGAGAUGAGAAUAUCGACUUUAUGCCAACAAUAUUAUCGCGAUUCGAUAUGAUCUACAUCGUCAAAGAUACUCACGAUGUUAUACGUGAUGCGACAUUAGCCAAGCAUGUUAUAUCAGUACACGUCAACGCUUCCACUAAUCUUCCACAAGAACACAUGGUUGAAGGAGAGUUAUCUUUGGAAUUGUUGAAAAAAUAUAUCGCAUACUGUCGGGCAACAUGUGCGCCACGACUCUCAGUUACAGCAAGUAAAAAACUCAUCCAUAAUUAUGUUCGACUUCGCAAUCCUGUUAUGGAUGGAAAUCAGAAACAUUUGCCAUCUACUCGCUCUGCUAUCCCAAUUACAGUGCGACAGCUGGAAGCAGUAAUACGGAUAGGAGAAUCUUUGGCGAAAAUGGAAUUACUUCCAUUUGCUGGGGAACGUCAUAUUGAUGAAGCACUUCGUUUGUUCCGAGUUUCGACCAUCGAAGCAGCUGCAUCUGGGAAUUUAAUUGGUAUUGAAGGAUUUUCUAGUGCUGAAGAUCAGGAAUCAUUUAGUCGCAUAGAACGUCAAUUAAAAAAACGAUUUUCGUUAGGAACACAUGUAUCAGAAUAUCUUAUUGUACAAGAUUUUGUUCGACAAAAUUAUUCAGAAUUACUUGUUAAGAAGGUUAUUCAGUCAUGCAUUCGGCGUGGUGAACUUCAGUACCGCAUGCAGAGAAAAAUGUUAUAUCGUGUCAAGUAA